GAUAAAUCAAUAUGCCAAAGGCAUCGAAUACUGCCAGUAAGGGUGAUAAUGCAAAAAAUUCUAAAUCUGGUGGAAAGACUUCCAACAAAACAGAUUCUGGAUCGUCAUCAUCAUCAGGAAAAACAGUCGAAAACAGCGAACGCAGUAAAAGUGCGUCAUAUAUUGUGUGAAAAGCAAAGCAAGUGUUUAGAAGCCUUAGAACAACUUAAAAAUGGUAAACGUUUUAAUCAAGUCGCAGAAAUGUACAGUGAGGAUAAAGCACGUUCAGGUGGUGAUCUAGGAUGGAUGUCACGUGGUUCAAUGGUUGGUGCAUUUCAAGAUGCAGCAUUUGCUUUGCCUGUAUCAACAUUAGAAAAUCCCAAGUAUACAGAUCCACCAGUGAAAACUCAAUUCGGUUAUCAUAUUAUUAUGGUUGAAGGGAAACGAUAAAUGAGAGACAGAGAGAGAAGAAUUAUCUGUAUAUCAGCAUGUCUAUUAUUAUUUUUUUUAUUGUUCUAUAUAUAUUCACUGUAGGAUGUGUUUAUUUCUACUCUGCAAAAGUGAAUUAUAUAUUUGUAUGAUGAAUUUGAUGUAUCAAUGGUUAUUACUAUUAUAAUUGUUGAAUAAAAGUGAUCAAAUUUAUAC